UUUGGGAUAGGGAGGGGGAGGCGGUUGGGGCUGGGGUUGUUGUUUGUUGUUGUUUGUUGUUGUUUCUGCUUCUUCUUCUUGUUGUUUCUUGUGUUGUCAGUUGGUCUUCGCUUUGUUUGGAGAAGAUCCAGGAUCCUGGUCAGCAUGUUGCGCAGGAUCCGGGCCUUUCUGGCAAAAAGGUCCAGCCGAGCGGCCCCCCUGGAAGCCCCAGGGCAGCCGAGAGCCGCCCAGCCCACUGCCAGCCGAUGGUGGUGGAUUUGUGGCCGCAGGAACCGGGUUGCCCCCGCUCCUGCUCCUGCUCCGCUCCCUCCGUUGGUGGCCCCGCCUCGCUCUCCUCCCCCGCUGUUGCCACCCCGCUCUCCCUCACCGCCUCCGCUGUCGCCACCUCCUCUGUCGCCACCACGCUCCUCGCCUUCCCUGUCGCCGCCCCGCUCGCCCUCACCGCCUCCGCUGUUGCCACCUCCUCUGUCGCCACCACGCUCCUCGCCUUCCCUGUCGCCGCCCCGCUCGCCCUCACCGCCUCCGCUGUUGCCACCUCCUCUGUCGCCACCCCGCUCCUCGCCUUCCCUGUCGCCGUCUCCGCUGCCGCCACCUCCUCUGUCGCCACCCUGCUCGCCUCCUCCGCUGUCGCCCGCCUGGGAGAGGAGCACGGCAGGACCAUCGGAACUCCCUACACAAGCCGAUGGAGAUCUAACCCCCUGCCAGCAGGUGGAGGCCUGGUUGAGGCGGAGGAGUGAGACCCAACUCCCAGAGGAAGGCGCAGGGAAGGACCGGAGGGCAGCCCAGCUUGGCUUCCUCAGGGCCAUCCGCCAGGCCUGCCUGGAGGCGCGCCAGAGGGGGGAGGAUCGGCUCCCGUUCAGCAAGGAGUGGGCAGCCCAGGACGUGCUGGAGGAGCUGGACUCCAUCGACCCCCUGCCAGAUCACCUCUUCUCUCUGUCCAUGGAGGUCCUCACCUUCUUGAGCCGGAUGAGGCCUUGCUUCUCCUGGGACAGAGAGGAGAGGGUGAUCAGGGGGUCCCUCUCCAGCAUGGGCCGCGUCCUGGGCGAAGCUCCACAGGGAGACCUGCAGAGCCCGUUCCUGCCCCCCGAAAAGGCCCUCCAGGCCCUCCUGAGGGAGCUCCUGGCCCAGAAGCCCUCCCUGGCCCAUCUAAUCCGCAUGACAGAGGCCAUCGAUCUGGUCACCUAUUCGGUGGACCAAAGAGAAGUGGCGGUGGCGGAGAAGGCAGGCCUUUUUCUGCUGAAUGUGGCCAUUGGGCCACCCUUCCAUUUUGAGGCGGAGGUCAUCAAGCCUCUUCUGCCCCUGGCCAUCCGCCGGGUGGGGCGGACAACGGCCCGUGCCAAGGGAGACGGGGGGGACACUUCGAGUGAAGACGAGGACGACUGAUGCCCCCUUGUGGCCCAGCUCAGGGUGGAGGCGCAGCGGAGGCAAAGCUCCUGAAGGGAGGAGGACCCCAGUGGAUGGCCGAAGUCGGCGCCAGCACCAAAGAGGCUCUCGAAGGCACAACCGGCGGAGGCCCUGCCUGCCUGCCCAGCCCAGGGCACCAGGGGACCGCAGGGGGUGGGGUCGAGCCCAUUCCAAGCCAGCUAACCCAGCGAGACGUUGGGCCUGGUGUCGUGAUGAGGCCCAAGAAUGGGGCUGGGCUUCCUACUGCAAGCUCUUGCUUUCCAGACAGCCCUGCGGGUGGAACCUGCGCGGUGCGAUGGGCAAACAAGACUCUGUCCUGGAUGGCCAGUUUGGACUUGGGACGCGCAAGCUGACCGCCUUGGAAGCCACCCGCCUUGACGGCAUCACUUUCAUUUCGCAGUCCACUCAGCCUGUGGAUUCCAGGAAUCCUUUUGUUUGCAAAGAACUCCUCGUUUCUGCCGGUCAGAAAAGGGAAGAGCAGUUUCUCGGCUCUGACAGAAACACAGCGACUCCUUUCCGUCUCAAUUCACUCCCUGUCUCAACACUUUCAGGGGGCUCUUUCUGGAGGCGCUAAAACCUGGAUCCUGCCGCAGUUCUUCAGCUUGACUCCAACUGGUUUGGAUGAGACUAAUUUCCACACUUGAUAUAUAAACUGCAUAAAUGUGCGACGCUGGAUAAUCAAUCUUGCAUUAAACGUUCUCUUGCUCAGAUCCUACAAUUUCGACCUAAUUCGAGCGAUUAACUGUUUUAUGUCAAAAAGCCAACGAGACGACCUUAUGAAAUCCGACUUUUACUUUCGUUUGAACAGUGGUUAAUUCCUGCAACCUUGAUUCACAUGCCUAUAUGUAUGCAUUUGUUUAUUUUGGCCCAAGGCCAGCAUAAAUACAAGAAGAAGAAGCAACAACAACAAUAAUAAAAUACAUAAAACAUUAAUACCUUCAAAUACCAUAUACACGACUAAUUUCAUUCAAAUGACACCGGUUAAUCUGAAAUGCACAGCCCGGCAUCUCGUCCCUCGAUCACUCUAAACCGAAUCUUGCUUGCUAUGAAGAAUGCCUGAUCACCUAAAUAGCCUGGAAAUUUUCCCUAAGAGGGUUUUUUUUUACAACCCAGAGAACUGGGAGAAUCCAGAGAAUCAACCUUUGUUUUCUAAAGGUGCCUCAAAGUCACGAGAAAGAACAGCUAAGCCUGCAGUGCCUGAGAAACGAAUCCAAACUCUGCCUCCCAAGAAGGAUCGAGAUCCAACUGCCGACCUCAACCUUCCUCAAACGACUCUGGCUCUAGCCAAAUGGGCGCGAUCACCGACCCAAAUAGUCUCUCCGCUAGGAAAUUCCUUAACCUCUGUGUGCAGCAUUGCAAACUCCUGGCUUGACAGCCUGCCAGCUCCAAGGGGGAGUAAAAGCAGGGAUUGUGAGCAGGGGGAGAAAUUAACACUGCCAGAGCAGACGGCCACUCCCUCCCCCCCCCCGGAGGACCCUCCUCCCUCCCCCCCCAGAGGACCCCCCAACAGUGAGCCUAAACUGCGGAUAUCUGCCAGGAGUGCGUUCCAUAGACCAGGAGCAGCUACAGAAAAGACCCCGUUCCGAGUCUCCACCGGACGUACCGGUGGUAACUGGAGAUGGACCUCUCCAGAUAUUAAGACUGUAGAUUGUUUGAACUGUUGUUGUUUGUUUCACUGUUGUGCUGGUCAAGGACAGAAACAAAGACUAUGAUAUGAUAAUAUAUAGACAUAGUGUGUAAUUUUAUGGGGACCGAAUUGGAAAUAAAACUUGGUUUUGUUUGAGCCCA